AUGUCUACCGGAGACCCUGGGUCCCCACUGCCGGCACCGCCACCACCGGUAUCCGCCACCAGCGUCCAGCCCCCCCGCGACCGGAUCCCGAUAAGCUCGAAGAAGACGCAAGUCACGGGCCCCGCCACCGCCGCACCCAACUAUGCUGCCGCUGCGAGUCAGAUGGCGGCUCAAACACCUGAACAACAGCAACAACAACAACAGCGUGCCAAGGCUCUGGGCAGCCUCCUACAAGCCAUGGGUGCUGUACCCGGAAACCGCAUGGAUCGCUGGGUCCAGGCCAUCUACUUCGCCGAACUCUACCCCGUCGCCACCGCCACAUCGCUGAAAUUUUCGGCCUUGAACGCGAACCGGUCCGUCGAGAACAUCUUCGAUUACGCCCUUGAAGUGACUCUGUCUCACCAGAGCGCCUCGCGAGCGACUCAUGCCGACAAGAUCGAUCUCGUGGCCUGCGUCACGAGGCUGCUAUCGCCCAUCUCUCCUAUCUGCUUUGAGCCUGGAGUUCCUCUGCCGGACCAUCUUGCGGCUUAUCAACCACAGAUCUUAGGCGUACAACAUUCAUCAAUCCUGCGUAAUGGGGCGGCUCACCAUCGCGUUACGGUUGGGUUCGUCACCGGCGAGGCACGUGACGCGGCGCUCACGACGCCCCCCGCUCUCACUUGGCGAUCGGCGAAGGCCCGCUUCGCGAAGUCUCACAGGUUCCACCAUAACAUGGUCGAGCUUCGAAUCAACGUCGGUGUUCAAGGAGUGCCCUCCAUGGAUGCCAUCAUCAAAUCGUUCCAAUCACUUGUGCAAGACCUGUCAGGCAAGGGACAUUCAUGCCAACUUGUGCAGGUUCUGCGCGUUAUCAGCGUGGACAACGCCUCGGCCUUCGCCCACGUUGCCGGAGACUACUCGGCUUUCCUACACUUCGAUGACGACUCCCUAUUCCAACGCCCCAACACGACCUUGAAGGAGAUUCUACCUUCGAGGAUCGACCUUCCCACUCGAGGCAUCCCGGUUACCGCCCUUCGCCAUGACUAUGAGAAGGAGGCGGCUUGCGGUAGGUGCCACUUUGUGGGUCACGUGGGAACCUGCGGACUGGAUCAGGAGAGGAAGCGGAAGGAGGCUCACAACGGCAUCAUCAACAGCAACAAAAACACCAUCACCCACAACACCAACAUCGCGGAGGCCGAGGCCCCCAUUCCUGUGCUGGUUGUUAACAGGAUCGCAUCACAGAAUCACUUCGCCGGGCUCGAGGUCGAGGAGGGACAGGAGGAAGAGGUAACUGGCCAGGGCGAACAGGGACCGGAGGAAUCGGGGGAGGAAGACGCUGGUGAUAAGGCGGAUGACGAGGACUCGGAGGACUCGGAGAUGGAAUCGGAGGCGGCCGCGAAAACGGAGGUCAUCAAAAUUGAAAGCGAGGACGAGUCGGUCUUGGAGGACUGCAGCGGAUCCGAUGGAGAGGUGAUUGAUGAGAAUGAGGUGAUGGCGGAUGAAAGAGGUGAAACGGAAGGAGAGGUGGCUACGGAGAUGGAGGAAGAGGAGGUGGCGACGGAGGUGGGCGAUGUGGACGAAGCGAGGGGAUCGACGAAAGCGGAGAAUGCGGAAGCGACGGACUUAGGGGAAACGAACAGGCUGGACAAUGACGACGACAGCGACGCCACAGCAACCGCCGCCACCGCUUCCCGCGAAUCGACGCCGCAUGAACCAACCCCACCUCUGUCACCCGAAACUCUCGCCAAGUCGCUACGCGAGGGGGAGGAGUGGGACAGGAUCAGAGCUAACUGGGUUGAGCAGGCACGACUUGAGCGGGACCAAAGCAUCGAGAGGAGGCUCAACGCUGAAACCCCCCCUCUGGUGCGUCACAACUUUGCCACGUGGGACGAGGACGGUGAGAUACGCUCCAUCAACAUCAGGGGGACCGCUGCGAAGUUCAAGAAGCAGGUGAUGAAGAGGUCGCAGACUGCGGCGGACCUCAGUGACCCAAGUGACGAACCGACCGACGCCAAGCGAGUCAUCAUCAAAGGGAAGAGCCGCGUCGUGGUGAAGGAUGGAAUAGAGGGGCGGAGGGUGACGAGGUCGAUGUCGGCGGCAGCGGCGAUGCAGGUCGAGGUGACGAAGGUGGACAGAGGGAAAGGAAGAGGGGUAGCUGAGGAAAAACGAUGGUCCGACCACGAGCCCGAGGACGAUGUCCUGCCCGCCCUUCCCCUCUUUGAGGACGUCACCACCGCCAAGAGCGCCUCGACCUCGACUACCCAUUAAUGAUCAAGCACACCAUCAUCACCUGGAACGUAAGAAGGGGCAUGGGGGUCCCGGAAAAACGACGUAAUAUCUACACCUACCUUUCCACAUUCAAAGCUUCCGCGAUUCUCUUACAAGAGCAUUUCAUCAGACCACAAUUCUGGCAGCUCAUCAAGGACGAGUACGAGGGCAAGCUCUUCAUCAACCAGCACUGCCUGACCCUGAUCCCGGCCGACUCGCCCCUGAUCGACGCCGAGCUCUUGCGCACCCACUCGGCACUCGACGGCCGGCUCCUCGUCACCUCCUUUCGUCUGCGGGGCGACAUCAAAAUUCUAGAAAUCAAUAACCUCUACGCGCCCGUUGACCCAAAACAACGAGCAAAAUUCUUCGACAAACUGAUCCUCCACAAAACACAGAAAUCCCACCUCCGACUCCUUGGCGGCGAUCUCAACGACUGCCCGCGCCCAGAAGUCGAUCGGCGGAACCAAAGUCGGCGCGGCCACCACUGGCCGAUUCUGAUGGGCAAGCUCGACUCGGCCUACACGGACUGCAUCCGCUACAAGCACCCCAUCACCCCAUCUUUCACUCGACCUAAUCCCAAUCGCAAGCGACCCAACUCCUUCUCCCGGCUUGACUACUUUCUCCUACAAAGAGCUCACCAAAAAAGGCUCGACCAGGCCUCGACGAUCUACGACUAUCCCAAGGAUCUUUCCGAUCACCGACCGGUCUUGAUCGUACUAGCUCUCUCAGACGAUCUUGAUGCGGCUCUCCCACAGCUCAGCCUACCUACCACAUCCGACCAACUACAUCGAAUCAAUACCACAACCUUCAAGACGGUGGAAUUUCAGCGGAUGAUGGAAGGAUGGUUGGAAGGGGCAAGCGGGGAGGAUCCGGUGCGAGAGCUUGAGGAGGUUCUGGAGGCGUGCAGGGACAGGGGUGGGGAGAUGGCGAGGAGGCUGCAUCGGGAGCGGACGGAACGGAUGGAGUAUUUGGUGGGGAGGGUGCAGGAUCUGGAGGCGUUACCGGUAUGGGGGGAGGCGGAAACGGCAGAAUGGACAAGGACGUCCGAGGAACUCAAGCGGGCGGUCGAGGAGCGCGCGCGCCUACUCCGGAUCCGAGCCCACGUCCCCGAGAUCGCUUCCGAGGAACGACUGUCGCGGCCGGUCCACGCCAAGCUCGCGGCGCGGAACUCGGACUCCAAGAUCACAGCACUGCGCUUGGGCAACGGAGAGCUAACGCAUGACAUUGAUGUCGCUCUUGACCACACGCAGGCGCAUUUCCAGCGCCUCUACCACAUCGAGCCUCGUGACCCGGAACGCGUCGACCGACUUCGGGACGAACUCCUCGUGCCGAUCAGGGCGGCACGGACUUGCGACGACCCGCGCUCAGACCCGCUCUUUCUGCGCCGACUCUCGGAAGCGCAGAUUGAUCUCCUCCAGCAACCCAUCACCGAGGACGAGGUCGUGGCCGCGAUCGGGACGACGCACCCGGGGCGAUCGCCGGGCCCGUCGGGCGUGCCUUACGAACUCUAUCAGACCGCACCGGAGGCGUGGUCCAAGGUGCUGACCAAGGCCUACAACGCGAUGAUCGAGCGCGGUUCACUCUCUCCCAAGCAGGGCCAGGGACUCGUGCGCCUCAUCUUCAAGCGCCACAAGAAGAAUGCCGAUCGCGCCGAACUCUCGUCGUAUCGCCCCAUCACCCUGCGCGAGUGCGAUUACAAGAUUUUUACCAAGGUCUACGUCGCCCGAUUGAACCAAAUUCUGCCCGAUCUCCUCCCGCCGCAGCAGCACGGCUUCGUCAAGGACCGCCGAUCGGCCGACGCUGCACUACACCUUCGUCUCCUGAUCGAGGAACUUGGCGCGCGCAGGACCGAGUUCCCCGCGGCCGCGCUCUUGUCUCUUGACCAAUCAUCCGCCUACGACCUCGUCGAGCAUGACUGGAUCUUUGCCAUUUUCGACGCUCUGGGCGUUCCUACCACCUUUCUUCGCGUGCUGAGGAUGCUCUACUCGGGUGACUCGACCUCGGCGCGCUACAUCAUCAAUGGGUUCCUGACGGCGCCGGUGCGACUGACGUGUGGGCUCGGCCAAGGGGACCCGGCGUCAUCGUCGGUCUGGGACAUCGUGUUUCAGCCGUUCCUGGAUGCUCUACACCGUCGAAACAUCGCGCUGAAUCUCUCCAUACCUGCACUUCAUCCGUACCCACAGAGCCGCGCCAUUACAUCACUUGCAUUUGCCGAUGACGUUGUCGUCGCCGUCGCGGGCUUGGAGUCACUCAACUUGCUCGAUGACCUGGCGCUCGACUGGAGGCAUGCAACGAAUGGCCGGCUCAACACGGACAAGACGGUCGUCCUACCGAUUGGACGUCGCUGGGACCCUGGGGAACGGCCAAUCGUCGUCAAGGCCGCAGGCGAGUCGCUCGAGUGGAUCGGCCUCCCCUUCGACCCCAGCGGCGACACCGAACUCGCCUACGCGAAUCUCAUCGAACGGCUCGAGGCGACGCUGGAAGCGGUUCAGCAUCGCUGGCUCACGCACCACACCCGUGCCUUUUACGUCAAUCGGUACGCCAUUCCCAAGAUCCUGCAUUUCCUUGCAGCCGACAUCCCGCCGCCCGAAGUCGUCAAGAAGCUCGAUGACAUGCUCGUCGAUUUCGUCCGUGGGGGCAAGGGCAGGACCAGCUACGGCAGAGACAUUGUGUUCACCGCCAAGAACAAGGGGGGACUCGGGGUGAUAAGGAUGCGGGACGUUGUGGACGCGGUUGCGGCACGGCUCUGGGACGUUCUUCUCGGCGGUUCCGGCGCGAUCUGGGAAGGACUUGCGCGCGCGGCACUCCAGCGAGCUCAGCCCGACCUCGACCUGGCCACCGAUCUCUGGCCACAUCCAUCCACUCCCUUCCCCAGCGACCUCCAUCCCCGAUGGCGAGCAGCACUGGAGGUUUCGAAACAUCACGACGCACAGGUCAACCCGAGGACCUUGACCACCGCGAACCUGCUCGCGCUUCCCACCUUGCUCGGCAGCCUUCACACCCCCAUCAGAGGGAGACAGACCAUCGACGCGGUUCAUGUACCUGACUACCUUCGUCUCCAGGGCUACCCGAAGGUGGCGGAUCUCUAUCGGCGCGAGUUGUAUGCGGAUGGGGGGCUUCACCUUUGGACGCCGCCGGCGGAUGUGCUCGGCGACAACAGUGAGUACGAUCGACGCGGGCUCCCGCAGCGACUGGCAAUCGCGGCCUGGUACCGGUUCACUGUCGAUCGACACAAAAACACAUCCUUGGCGGCGGCGGUGGCGGCGGGACGGCUCAACGUGCCUCCCCGGAUCGGCACCAGCGCACCGCUCGAGGCGAUCCUCCCCAAGCCCGUGGCCCGCUUCGCAAUGGAACAGCGCCUUCCGGACCCGGUGCUUCCACAGCAGGCGAGCCAGUACAAGCUGCUGAACAUGGCUCGACCGUACACCAUCCGUCGCAUCCGCCGGGUCCUGAACGCGAAGGCCUUUACCAACACGCUCGGGCUCAAGGGACCACCGCAGCCGGACGAUCUCAGGAGCUUCUGGAAGGCGGUCAACUCGAAGGCACUGACGGCGAGGGAGAGGGAAGUAUGGUUCAAGCUGAUUCUUCGCUUCACCCCGACGCGCAAGCUGCAACACCAACAAAACCACGACACUUCUCCCGCGUGCCUCGUCUGCGAAGCGCCGGUGGACGACACCGACCACUACUUUUUCGGCUGCGUUGACUCGCGGAACGUCUGGAUCGCGGCAAGGGGCGUGCUCUGCGACGCACUCGGGUGCGACACGAUCGAGGACGCCCAGUACACGACACUGCAACGGCUCUUUGGCCUCCCCAAGCUCAAGGCCAAGCUCAGCGAACAGGAAGGGGCGGGCAGGACGGUCGAGAUCUUCAUGGGGAUGGUUUUGGAGAUGAUCAGCAGUGAGAGAUGGAGGAUGCAGAAGCACGGGACGAGGAUGGAAAGCCUGGAAAGGAGGCGGGUGGUACUGGAGGAGAGGAUGAAGUUGAGGGCGGGAGGAGCAAGAGGCAGGCGAGGGCAGUAG